UGCUACAAAACACCAGAAAAGAGGAAGUGCCUCACGUGUUAGGCAUUCUUGACAUCGGUGUAUUUUUAGAGUCUACAAGGUUGAUAGGUUUACAUUUCCAGUUUAUUGCAGUCUACUAGUUUAACGAUAUAGGCUACUACUAGUUUAAUAUUCUGCUGCUGAUAUGGCGUGAUAUUCGUAUGAUAACGUUAAAAACACGACUUUUAAUCGUCGGCCCAGCCCACUUUGCCCCACUGAUCUCAGCACCACCACCACUCGAGGGAGCAAAAGUUUGCUCUGUUUCCAGACCUGCUGACGAGCAUGGCUGGUGAGCGCGGAGUCAACACUGGACAAACCGCGGAACGUGGAUCUUUUGGACCUGUGCAACGGCUUAAUUAUGUCGAGCGUGAUCUUUCCCAGGUACUCCAGGAGCGGGAGAAACUGAGGAAGGAUCGAGGUGUUUACCUGCAGAGGAUCCAGUACCUGGCCAAGGAGCAGAUGUGCUUCCAGCAGGAGCUGCGAGAGCUGACCUCUCCAUACAGAGUCACGUUUGACCAGGAGGAGACCCAGCGACAAGUGGAACAGUUCCUGGAGCACAUUAAUAUCCACAUGUUGUCCUUGCGGCAGGCUGACGACGCAGCCAGGUACCACCUCCUCAGGCUGCAGCAGGAGGCUGUACUCCUGGGCCUUCCUCCUCCAGCCCACCCCUGGUCCUCAGACGCAGAUAUUCUGCUGCCAGACGAGGAGGACGAGAGCCAACAGCAGCCAAGCCCACCGGAGCCCCCCCACCAUGACACCCCCAGACCACAGCCAAGCCCACUGGAGCCCCCCCACCAUGACACCCCCAGACCACUGACGGCCACAGUAAGUGACGAUUCGAGGAAGGCUCUAGCCGACAGCUUGAUCCAGGCCACAGGAGGUGGACGGAGAGAGCCGAUGGAGAUCUGUUUAAGGGAAGAGCUGUGUGAGAUGCUUCUGCUUCGUGCCCAUCACAGUGGUCUUACGCAGGAGGCAACACCUCAAUGCUUGAGCCAGGCCAAGGACCAUCAUCCCGGCAGUUUAAAGACCACUGUGGAGGGAACGGAGACAAUGUCGAGGUUCAGUGUAGACAAUAUGCUGAGGAAGGCCACCAUGCUGGUGGGGGAUAAAGUUCAGUAUGAAACAUCCACCAACCCAAACACACAGGCAAGGGCCGUCACCAUGGAGAUCCUGGCCGACACCCUCAGGGCCACGGACACAGAGGAGCACCGAAGAACAUGGAGACCGAUAGGUGGUGCAGAGCCAUCUCUUGAAGAGCCAGACGGGCCUGUGGUUGUAAGGACUGAACACACAAAGGGAACUGUGCUGAGAGUCCCUCCAAAACAGAACACACUCGUCAGUAAUCUACCAAUUAAGGACCUUCCUCUUGGUAGUUUGAAGGCCGUUGUGGAGGGAGUGGAGAAGAAGCUGAGCUUCAGUGCAGACGAUGUGCUAACGAAGGCCACCAUGCUAGUUGGGGAUAAAGUUCAGUUUGAAAUAUCCACCAACCUCAAGACCAAGGCAGAGAGGGCCGUCAACGUGGAGAUCCUGGCCGACACCUUUGAGUGCGAUCACACAGAGGCGCAACGCAAAAUAGGGGUGGUUCUUGGCUUGAGCAACUCAUUUGGAUACAUCAAGUGCUCUCAGGACCCCAAACUGGUCUUUGACUUCUGUGAGGUCUUGGAAGACAAGAAGCUCUCCCACUCAGAGAAUGUGGAGUUCACUAUAGUGCCAAACACGGUGGCUGGAACUGGCUACCAAGCCAUCAGGAUCAGGAGACAGAAAAUGUUCACUCCUGUGCCAACACUGGACAGCCCCACUACAACACAUUCAGAGAAGGUGUUCAUCUCUGUGCCGCCAUUAGAGGGCCCCACUACAACACAUUCAGAGAAAGUGUUCACCUCUGUGCCACCAUUAGAGGGCCCCACUACAACACAGACACAAAAGAAGAUUACCAUCCAACCAACAAACACCAAGGAAAGGAUGCAGAAAGACACAGGAAUCAAUACUGAUGGCCCCAAAACAGGAAAGCAUGUCCAAGUUCUGCCCAGCUCAGUCAGUGCAGUAAAACUUGCAAUGAAAGAGAAUACAGAGGACCCCAACACAAAGACAACAGAAGCAUCUGGAAGGAGAAGCAGCAUCCACCCAAACUGUGACCAUGGCAAUCAAAGCAGGAACAGAAUCCCAGAUAAGGGUGGCAGGAUUGAUCGACCUCAGAGUUACCGUAGCUCGAGCAGAGAAAGGAGACAAGUAGGAGUAAGCAAAGACGAGAGCGAUAGAGAGAGAAGUCGCAGCAGGAGCAGAGAGCGGUCUACCGGGAACAAGCGGAGCAGGAGCAGUGACAGGGUUAGGGACCAAGGCAGAGAUCGGAGUCACCGUAGCUCAAGCAGGGAAAGGAGGCGAGAGAGAAGCAAGGAGAGGUGGAACAGAAACAAUAGUCGCAGCAGGAGCAGAGAUCACUCCCAUAGGAGUCACAGUCGGAGUCACAGCAGCAGUCGCAGCAGAAGUAGAAGCCGGGAAAGAGGUGGCAAAAUUGGUCAAUUUGAGAGGCACCAUACAGCAACCAGAGAAUGGAUAAGAAAAGAAACGAGCAGGGAGAGGGGCAGUAGAUAUAGGAGGAGUCGCAGCAGGAGCAAAGAACUUUUCCCCAGAAACAGACGUAGCAGGAGCAGGGAAAGAAGCAGAGAACUUUCCCACAGGAAUAGACAUGGCAGUAGCAGGAGGAGGAGCAAAGAACUUUCCCCCAGGAAUAGACGUAGCAGUAGCAGGAAGAGAAGCAGAGAACUUUCCCCCAGGAAUAGACGUAGCAGUAGCAGGGAGAGGAGUAGAGAUGGGAACAGGGACAGGGGCAGAGACCAGGAUAGGAGCAGCAAUCAGGGCAGGAACCGAAGCCCUGAGUGUAGAGAUGAGAAGCGCAAGAGACAAAGCAACAGUGGUGAGGGUUCCUCCAGGAAACGCAGGCGGAGCAGGAGUCCCAGGAUAGACCAUGUGACCGCAAAGGUUGAAAAGGACCUGUCCAGUUCUAAGGCCUCUGGUACUACCACCUACGGAUCAUCCAAUCCUGAUGCAGUUGAGGAUGAGGAGAGUGAGGAUUUGGCCAGGAAGAAAAUGGAGCUGGAAGAGUUGGAAGCUUUGAUUGCUGAAAAGUUGGCUGAAAAUGCUGCCUUGGAACUAGAGAUGACAUCAUUACCUUGCCAAACCUCUCUUUCUCCACAACAUCAGAGAACUAUGCCUCCUCUCAGACAAGCCCACAAAGACAACCCCUUCCAGAUGGAUGAGGAAUAUAAAAAACAGCUAAAAGAAGUACGUCUGGGAAGUGCCAAUGAAGUACAAAGAGAUAACUUGCGACAUUAUGACCGCGCUGCGAGGUUCAGGAGGGAUAGUUUAUGUGGUGAUGGCGUGGAACCAGUGCUGUGUGUAGAAGUGCAGUUCCUCAGACAGGCUGAGGAGAAUGGCGAGGACCGCUGUGUUCAUGAAAGAGAGGCCAAUGACUGUUUUGAGCACCACAUGGAACGGGACAAGAGUAUAGUGCCACAUGAUCAGAAGAGAGAAGACCAAACACCGAGCCUGAGCCAGCAUGAACAGAAGAUGCAUAGGCGGUCAGAUGAGGGUAGGCGUUUUCCUGAAGGAGCAACCCUUGGCAAGUCUAUUGAUCCAGUGGGGACCAAACAUGUGCAGCCUCGACAUGGUCAUGGUACCAACAGAAAUGAUAAAACGGUCUGGAUUUGUGGCCAUGGUCUUGUAGCUGUGGCCAGAAGGAUGAGCAUGUGGCCAGAGUGUGGCGUUCAGCUGGGUAAAAUGAAAGGGUUAUGGAGUGGAACGCAAGGAAUGACCUGGAAAGAGCUUGUGGCCCAUUUAAACAGACUCAGAAACAAGUGGCCCCUCCCACACAUGCUCAUCAUCCACCUGGGCGAUGACAACCUCAACAUGAGGAACACAGAGGACCUGCUGAUCACCAUCAGGGAGGAACUAACCCACGUACGCAACCUAUUCCCCCAGUGCCUGAUUGUGUGGUCUGACAUCCUACCCACAUGCUUCUGGAAACAGUGCAUGACUCCUGAUGUGGAGGUGGAUGAGGCAGCAGGCAGAAUUCAUGACAUGAUCAAUUGCAGAGCACAUGCUAUAGUAACUGAAUUGGGGGGAAGAGUCAUAACCCAUGACAACAUUGGCCCUGAACAUUAUUACCCCAAUGACAUUUGCCUUUCAGACCAAGGCAUUCAAAAGUUCAACCAAAACCUCCAACAGUUUGUGGAAAACUGGGAGAAGGAGUUAAUCACAACAUCAGAACAUUUAGAAAUCACCUCAAAUUCCCCAGAGCCCACUAACAACAUCCUAGAACCUGUUGAUUCGUUCCACGAUUCCCUCUCUCAUUCUGUUGACGAUUUGGACGUGACUCGAGAAGACUCAGGAAACACCAUUAUCUCCCUCCAACAGCCCCAGAAGGAUGAGAACGCCCCAAAGAACACAUCUCUACCCCGAAGCGCUCCAGCCACUUCCACUGCUCCUGAUGUUUCGUCCAGCUCAUCUCCUGCGGUUUCAUCCUCUGGAACACUCAGACCAGAAAACAGCGGUGGUCUACCUCCAGAUGCGGAUUUGGACAUGACUCCAAAAGACUCAGGAAACACCAUCAUCUCCCUCCAACAGUCACAGAAGGAUGUGAACUGCACAAAGAACACAGCUCAGCCCCAUAGCUCUCCAUCCACCUCAACUCAAAAACGCAUGAAACCUGAAACAUAUAAAACAGUCUGGAUGUGUGGAUAUGCUCUUUCAGGUUUGGCCAGAAGGAUGGCAACAGCACAAAAACAUGCCAGUAAACUGGGGAAUAAUAGUCCUAGCAUUAGGGUGCACCACUUGGGAGGUCCUGGAAUGACCUGGACUAACCUUAUGCUCCAGAUGCACGAGGUGAAAAGCAACCAACCAUAUCCGGACAUGGUCAUCAUCCAUCUUGGAAGCAAUAACAUCAACAUGACAAAAAAGGAAGACUUGCUGAACACAAUCAAGAAAGACUUGACUCUCACACACAACAUCUUCCCCCAGUGCCAGAUUGUGUGGUCUGACAUGCUGUUAAUGCGUUUCUACAAACAAGGCAUGACCCCUAGUAACAAGGCUGAUGAGGCAGGUGACAGAAUUCAUGAAGUGAUCAAUCGUACAGCGCAUGCUAUAGUUAAUGACCUGGGGGGAAGAGUCAUCACCCAUGACAACAUUGGCCCUGAACUCUAUAGCCCCAGGGGCAAUGAAAUGGUCAUCUCAAACCAAGGCAUUAAAAGGUUCAACCUGAAUAUUCAGCAGUUUGUGGAUGAGUGGAAGAGGCAGGUCAACUUUGUGUCGGCGCACACAGAAACUAUUCCGAAAUCCCCAGAGCCCACUAACAACAACCUAGAACCUGUUGAUCCGUUCCACGAUUCUCUCUCUCAUUCUGUUGACAAUUUGGAUGUGACUCGAGAAGACUCAGGAAACACCAUCAUCUCCCCCCAACAGCCCCAGAAGGAUGAGAACUCCCCAAAGAACUUAUCGCAACCCCAUACCCUUCCCCCCACUUCCUUUGUUCCUGACAUUUCAUCAAGCUCAUCUCCUGCAGCGGGUGAUGACAUGGAUGUGACUCCACUAGACACAGCCACCAUUUCCCCACAACAGGAGUUAAACCAGAAGCGGAAGCCCUUUGGAUCAGAGAAAACAGUGGAAAAGGAAAUCGUGGAGGAUGUCUGCAGUGACUUCUUCAAGGGAACAGUGCUUCGACUCCCAGCAAAGGACAAACAGGCGGUCAACAAUAUGCUGUUUAAUAGGAACAAGGAGCUUCUGCUGGGGACUUUGCAGGCGUUUGUGGAGGGAGUGGAGAAGAAGCUGAGCUUCAGUGCAGACGAUGUGCUAACGAAGGCCACCAUGCUGGUUGGGGAUAAAGUUCAGUUUAAAAUAUCCACCAACCUCAAGACCAAGGCAGAGAGGGCCGUCAACGUGGAGAUCCUGGCCGACACCUUUGAGUGCGAUCACACAGAGGAGCAACGCAAAAUAGGCGUUGUUGUUGGCCUUAGUAAUAUCUUUGAGUUUGGAUACAUCAAGUACCCGCAGGACCCUGAACUGUACUUUAAAUUCUGUGAGGUGAUGGAGGAGAAGGAGCUCUCCCUCUUAGAGAAGGUGGAGUUCACUGUUGUGCCGAAAAGCACAUCUGAAGCUGGCGAUCAAGCCAUCAGGGUCAGGAGGUUGACCGAUCGCGUAUUCAUCCCUGCUCCAAAGCUAGAGGGUCUGGGGACUGCAGAUAAAGAGAAGCAGCAGCAGGUCAGAGAGAGCAAUGAGAGUUCUGUGGAGGUGAACCAGACACAUGGGAGCAGUGAGCCCAUCACAGGCCCUGUUACCAAAACAUGUGGUGUGAAAGGUCCACCCAAAGUGGUCUGGAUGUGUGGUUUUGCUCUUUCAAAUUUAGCCAAAAGGAUAACAUCAGCACAAAAUCAGGCUGCUAAACUAGGGAAUACAUGCGCGAGUAUGAGGGUUUACCAGUGGGGGACUCCUCAGAUGACCUGGGCGCAACUGGUAAUCGAGAUGUGCCGGUUCAAAGAGAAGCAGCCCCGCCCAGACAUGCUCCUAAUUCAUUUGGGAGGGAGGAACGUUGACCUGAGAAAUCCACACUGUAGUCUGAAAAGCAUCAGGAAGGAUUUGGGUAAAACGCACAGAAUCUUCCCCCAGUGCCUGAUUGUGUGGUCCGACAUGCUGCCAGGAGGCUCCUGGAAAUUCAAAAGCAUGACAGUCAAAGCCAAAACAAAAGCCAUUAAUGUAAUCAAUCACAGAGCACGUUCUUUAAUAACUGACCUGGGGGGGAGAGUUAUCACUCACCAGGACAUUGGGCCUGAACGCUAUCUCUCCAAUGGCCUCUCAAAGCAAGUCGUUGUAAUGUUUAAAGAGAACAUACACAGAUUUUUGGAUAAGUGGGAGAUGGGGGUCAAUCCUGAAUCGGAGCUCACAGACACCAUAGCGCCCCCUGCUGACAGUACAGGGCCUACUUCAGACAGAUCACAUCUCAGCCAGAACGCAUCUGAGCCCCACAGCCUUCCGGCCACCUCCACUGCUCCUGCUGUGUCAUCAAGCUCACCUCCUGCAGCCACCUCCACUGCUCCUGCUGUGUCAUCAAGCUCACCUCCUGCAGCCACCUCCACUGCUCCUGCUGUGUCAUCAAGCUCACCUCCUGCAGCCACCUCCACUGCUCCUGCUGUGUCAUCAAGCUCACCUCCUGCAGCCACCUCAACUGCUCCUGCUGUGUCAUCAAGCUCACCUCCUGCAGCCACCUCCACUGCUCCUGCUGUGUCAUCAAGCGCACCUCCUGCAGCCACCUCCACUGCUCCUGCUGUGUCAUCAAGCGCACCUCCUGCAGCCACCUCCACUGCUCCUGCUGUUUCAUCAAGCGCACCUUCUGCAGCCACCUCCACUGCUCCUGCUGUUUCAUCAACCGCACCUCCUGCAGCAGGUGAUGAUGUGGAUAUGACUCCCGAAGACUCGGGAAACACCACCAUCUCUCACCAGCUCUCCCAGAAGCAGCAGCAGGUCAGAGAGAGCAAUGAGAGUUCUGUGGAGGUGAACCUGACACAUGGGAGCAGUGAGCCCAUCACAGGCCCUGUUACCAAAAAAUGUGAUGUGAAAGGUCCACCCAAAGUGGUGUGGAUGUGUGGUUUUGCUCUUUCAGGUUUGGCCAAAAGGAUAACAUCAGCACAAAAUCAGGCUGCUAAACUAGGGAAUACAUGCGCGAGCAUGAGGGUUCACCAGUGGGGGACUCCUCAGAUGACCUGGAUGGAACUGGUAAUCGAGAUGUGCCGGUUCAAACGGCAACAGCCCCGCCCAGACAUGCUCCUCAUUCAUCUGGGAGGGAAGAACGUUGACCUGAGAAAUCCACACUUUAGUCUGAAAAGCAUCAGGAAGGAUUUGGGUAAAACGCACAGAAUCUUCCCCCAGUGCCUGAUUGUGUGGUCCGACAUGCUGCCAGGAGGCUCCUGGAAAUUUAAAAGCAUGACUGACGAAGCCACAGAAAAAGCCAUUGAUGUAAUCAAUCACAGAGCACGUUCUUUAAUAACUGACCUGGGGGGGAGAGUCAUCACUCACCAGAACAUUGGGCCUGAACUCUGUCUUUCCAAUGACCAUGAAAAGGGCCUCUCAAAGCAAUUCAUUGAAAUGUUUAAAGAGAACAUACACAAAUUUUUAGAUGAGUGGGAGAUGGGGGUCAAUCCUGAUUCAGACCUCACAGACACCACCUCAUCAACCAUAGCGCCUGCUGCUGACAGUACAGGGCCUACUUCAGACAGGUCACAUCUCAGCCAGAACGCAUCUGAGCCCCACAGCCUUCUGGCCACCUCCACUGCUCCUGCUGUGUCAUCAAGCUCACCUCCUGCAGCCACCUCCACUGCUCCUGCUGUUUCACCAAGCUCACCUCCUGCAGCCACCUCCACUGCUCCUGCGGUUUCAUCAAGCUCACCUCCUGCAGCCACCUCCACUGCUCCUGCUGUGUCAUCAAGCGCACCUCUUGCAGAAGUUGAUGAUGUGGAUAUGACUUCCGAAGACUCAGGAAACACCACUGUCUCUCACCAGCUGUCCCAGAAGACUCCCCACGUACCUCAGUCUAAAGAUAUAUCAAGCAUCACUGUCAAGCAAAGUCUCUCUGCGGAGAAAUCCUCCAACACACUGAAACCUCAGAAGGAGGAUGUCUGCAAACAGGAAGUCCGACCGAUAUCUGCAGCUGUGACGGACAUUAAGGCCAUUUCAACUGAAUCAAAGACCAGAGAGGAGUUCUUAAAAUGUUAUCGGCUCUUCACUCUGAAUCCAAACACGGCACACAAGAAGCUCUAUUUGAUGGAGAACAACAGGAAGGUGGAAUGGAGUGACCAAGACCAGCCAUAUCCACAUAACCCACGAAGAUUUGUUGAGAAAUGUUUCCAGGUGCUGUGUUGGGAGAGCAUUUCCGAACGCCGCUACUUUGAGGUUGAGUGGAGUGGAAGUGUUUGUAUAUCACUCUCAUUUGACAACCAAGGCUGGAAAAAACGGGUUGAUGUUAAGUUUGGGUCAAAUAUUCUGUCCUGGGCGCUGAAACUCUCCCGCACUAGCUGUUGUGUCUAUCACAAUGAUGAGAAGAUCAAAGUUCCUCAAGUGACGAGCUCCAGAAUAGGAGUGUGUGUGGACUACAGGGCUGGCACUCUGGCCUUCUAUAGUGUCACUGACACAGUCACCCUCAUCUGGAAAGUCCAGAACAAAUUCAGUUUUCCACUCUUUCCUGGAUUUGGUUUAGGUCGUGGAUCAUCAGUGAAGCUCCUGUGAUUCCAAUAUGGAUAAAGGUUGUCGCAAUAUGCACAUCUUAUUGCCCACACACAUUAAUAUAGACAUAUUUUGUUAUAUUAUAAGUUAUACAUAUUGUAUUGCUGUUCACACCAUGUCUUCUGUUCCCUAUGUUCUGUGUUGAAUAUUUGAUUGGUGAACAGUGUGUUCUAUGUUUGUGAAUUUGCUUGUAUAUUGGCCUUGGAUUUUUUUUUUAUUUUACAGUGUCCUUGGGCAACAUGAAAUGUGCUUAUAAAUAAAAUGUAUUAUAAUAGUA